AUGACACGUUUACGAUUGUUGGCAAGAUUCAUCAAUCGGAACCCACGAAACAUUGAGCAAUUGGGCCUCCAAACUUAUCCGGCAGGCUAUGGAUUGGAUGUUGAUCGACACAAGCAUUCAUUUAUAUAUCGGGCGAAUUUUGAGCGACAUCGACAGUAUGUUGAAGGUCACAUCGAACAUUACAAGGAAGGCACUGUAUUAACAGCAUCUUCACGCGAAAAACAAAUAUUAGCACAACUGUGCAGUCCUUCUGAUAUUUCUGCCAGUGCAAACAUCGGCCGCGUACUCGGCUUACGGUGUGCCAUGGCUGGAAUACAUUUCUUACAAGGUAUUGAUAUGAAACAUAUCGAAAGGAGUGCACACGCAUCUGCAUUUUUUGGUGCUUUAAUAGAAAGUGGAAUUAAAUUCGGAGAACCUCAGCCCACCCCUCACACUUUUGAAGUUGAUCCUGAAUUAACUUAUGACGGUUAUGAAAUACAACAUACUCGUGAAGAUAACAUUGAGUAA